AUGUGGAUCAUUGAUUGGUUCUGGGAUAUACUCGCUCAGUUUGGGCUUGCACACAAGAAUGCAAAGAUUCUCUUCCUUGGACUCGAUAAUGCCGGGAAAACUACGCUCUUGCACAUGCUCAAGAAUGACCGGUUGGCAACGUUGCAGCCUACGUUGCACCCUACGUCUGAAGAAUUGGCGAUUGGAAGCGUCAAGUUUACGACGUACGACCUCGGAGGCCAUCAACAGGCUCGUCGUCUGUGGCGCGACUACUUCCCAGAGGUGCAUGCCAUAGUGUUUUUGGUCGACGCGGCCGACUAUGAGCGGUUCCCAGAGUCAAAGGCCGAGCUAGACGCACUCUUGUCGAUUGAGGAGCUGUCAAAGGUUCCGUUCCUCAUUCUGGGCAACAAGAUUGAUGCUCCAGGCGCGGUCUCGGAGGAGUAUCUGAGACAAGCUCUCGGCCUUUACCAGACGACGGGCAAGGGCAAGGUUCCGCUGAGGGAUAUUCGACCCAUUGAAAUUUUCAUGUGCUCUGUCGUACAGAGAAUGGGCUAUGGCGAGGGCUUCCGAUGGGUCUCUCAAUAUGAACACCAUCUCCAGCAAGUCCUCAAUGCUUCCAAUAAUGCUGCAAAUAUUCCUCAGAAACAGCAACGGCCAGCUACGGCAGACGCGGCGACUCAGGCCACGCCAGCGUCCCAGGCAGCCGCUCCACCAUCAGACGCCAAUUUCAUCCCAAUUCCAGAUGCACAGGGUGUCGUCACAAACUACGACGAGCUCUAUGGCCACAGAAAACAUGAAAUGUCCUUUGCCAUCCUAAAGUUUUCCGAUCUCAUCGAGGAGACGGUUCGGUUCGGUCUCGCCGGCCGCUCCUAUACCAUGGACGAACGAGACGCGCUGUGGUUGGAGAAUUGGAAUCAGGUCGCUCGUGGUGAGGGAACCAGUACGGGAUCGACACGUCGUUCGAGAGCCAAGGCGGGCGACGCAGAAGAACCUGUCAUUGACGAGGACUGGUUCGAGCUUUGCAUGGGCCUCUUUGAAAAGUUUUCGUCAGAACAGUUACCAUAUCUGCACGUAGACCAAUCGUAUCCUCAGUUUUCCUUUUUCGAACCCAUGUUCCUCCAACCAUAUUCCCCAUCCCUGUUUGCCUCUUUUCUUGUGCCUCAGGGUCUACCAGAUCCAAAGGAUCUCUGCGUUAUGGCUAGGGCCAUCUUUCCUCACUGGCUAGAACGCAAAAAGGACAGACGUGGUCGCUCCAUCAUCCCAGACGUCAACUUGGACGAAUCGGACGAGGGCAAUGUCUAUGUGUGCUUCCGCCGUCGCGAGGUCAAGCCCACCCGCAAGACGCGCCGAAUGGAGACGACGUCCAUUGACAAACUCACCCGUCUCUCGUCCGAGUUUCAGUCUGCGCUGCAAUUGGCCAACAAGACGAUUGAACGAGAAGAGACGAAGCGGAAAUUGUGUCUCGAGGACCAUGCCAUUUGGACGCUUCGAUCGCGCAUGGUAUCUGUUACCAGCAAGUUUCCCGACUUGCGCAAUGCAGACGACGACAAGUGGCUGGUCGACAAGGAAAAGGUCAAGAAACCUCGACCGAUUGUCGACACUCGUAUGCCGCUUGGGAAUAUCAGGCAGCCCAUGUCGGCUAUCCCGCAGGGGCUCGAGGACAAUUUCGACUUUGGUCCACCGCAGAUACACCCGCGUGCGCGAAACGAGGAUAUUCGGUACAAGAUCGAGGUAACGUUGCAGUCGAAAAAGGAAAAGGAGCAGAUUGGAUGGGAAGAUACCACAGACGCUCCGCUCCAACACUCUUCUUCUCCUUCAGCUCAUUCGUUCCGACCGCUAGGAGAGUCAAAUCAGGCAGAGGUUGGCGCUGUACGAACUGGCAACCAUGUCAGCGCGUUCCGUCACCGCGUCGGUAGAGGUGGAAGACGCUAUCUCGACCGUCAAAUGUCUCCCUUUACCACUGCCCCUCUUCCACGACGCGUGCCGACAAAGCCUAUCACCCUCCCCUUUGGUCUUCCAUCUCUGGUUCCUGCAAUGGCCUUGAGGUCAUCGCUCUUCACCGCAGUGCCUGCUGUUGCAAAGUUGGAUGAUAAUCAGCUCUCGAAUGAGAUUGAGGAAGACUUGGUGAAGAGGAUGCAGGAUAGGUGGAAGUUUGAUUCAGACGCUUUGUCGGCAGCAGGACGUCCGAUCAUUGAUGAUUUCGACUAUAGAUACAGCGUGCAAAGGCACCUGCUUCUCAAAGACAAGGAGUAUCUUGUCAAUGUCGACCCCUCGAAGCUUGCCGUUGACCAAAAGAUCAACUUUGCGGCGCCUCUCAAUGAUGUUCUCAGUGUUCAAGGCGAGCAUCAGAUGCACCAGCUCCAACAAGCUUCUGCAAAUGGCACGGUGGGCCAGGCGAAUGCAACCGCGUCGUUGCAACAAGCACGUCCCCAGCUUGUCAAUGGCGUCGCCGUUCGACCUGCUAUUUCGACUCAGGGUUUGAGUCAACCGUCGCCGUUGAGUGCGGGUACCGUCAACUUGCAGCGCCAGCCACAGGUGGCUGCCGUACUCUUACAUCAGCAGAUCCUCCGGGAGAAGCAAGCCCAGGCCCCAGCACAAGCUCAGCCAUCAAGCAACGGUACCCCUCAACCAUCGCCCACCCAACCGCAAACACCCGUCCAACCCCAGGUGCUUCCGCAGGCGACGACGAAUGGCACGCCUGGUAUGCCCGUGUCGUCGUUUGUCCCAUUGGCGCUUCCUCCCCAGAAUGUAGUGAAUGCGACCCCCGUCCAGACGUCGUCGCCUCCAAAGCAAAUGGCCAAUGGUGCCUAUCUCCCUUCCCCUGGUCCCUCGCCGCUUCCUCCGUCGACGGGGAUCGUCUCACCGGAUCCUGCGGCUACUGUACGGGUCAGCACGCCCAUCCGAAAGUCGACCAUCCCACUUCAGCCUGGCGGUGCGCUGCCCAUGAACGGAUUCAACCCUGCACAAGCUGGAACUCUCCCCAACAAUUUCACGGGGUUUCCUAAUGGAAUGUCUGCGGAAAUGUACAACAAUCUCCAGAGCAUGAAGCUCAUUAAUCAGCAGCACAUGCUCCAGUUCUCGCACCCUCCCGUGAACCAGCUCACACCGCAGCAGCAAUACAUUCAGCAGCAACAACAGCAGCAGCAGCAACAACAAAUGCGCUUUCAGCAUCAGUUCCAAAUGAUGCAGGCGGCGGCCGGUGCGCCUCUUCACAUUGGGUUGCAGAAUCAUUUCGGAGACAAUACGGUGCCGAGUCCACAAUCGAUGAUGAACGGGCAACAAAAUGGUCAAGUCGUGCCGAACCCGGCCAUGUUUGCGAUGGGAGGUCCGACGAUGCCCAAUAGUGCGAUGAACAUGACGGUGCAGAACAUGAACUUGCAGCUUGGACCGCAGAAUAUUGCGCUUCGUAUGCCGCCGAAUCGAAUGCAGCAGCAACAAGCUGGCGUCAUCCCUCGACCGCCGACAGCAAUGGGGAUGGGCGAUUAUGGGAUGGGGAUGCCGAAUGGUGCGUCUCCGUUGAUGCCGACGAUGCAAGGAAUGGGCGUUGGGAUGAAUCCGGGUGUCAAUGUCAAUGCUCAAAUGGCGGCUGCCAUGUCGAUUUCGCGCGCACCGUCGACGCCGCUUUCGAUGCGAAAUGCAGGGUUGUUGCCGAAUGGGAUGAUGAUGGGACGGUCGCCGGUGAAUAAUGGGCCGAUGCAGAGUCCGAUGAUGCGACCGACGUCGGCGGCGUCGAUGCAUUCGAAUAUGGGGAUGCAGAUGCCUCCGGGCUCGUUGCCACAUUCGCUGCAGAACAGUCCCGCCAAUUUACAUCAACCGCCGCUCACGCCACAUCUUCGUCAACAGCCUGUCCCGGGGUUGUGA